AUGUACAGUGUUCAACAAAUGACAACCCUUGAAUUUCCUGCAGUAUACAUAAAAAGAACAUACAACAGGAAGUACAUUUUAAUCAAAUCAUCAAACACUGAAGUUACAUAUGUUGCAGGAGUUUGUAAUAUUCAGCCUUUUACAUGCUGCGCUAACUACAAGAGAAAUGGGAGUCAAUGUGAAGAAUGUUCGCCUGGGACCUUUGGUAUAAACUGUAAGAUUUCCUGUCCUGAUGGUUUUUAUGGAAGAUAUUGCAAAGAGAGGUGCAAUUGUUCAUUAUGCAACAAGAUUUCCGGAUACUGUCAGAAUUCGAGUACUUGGGAUGUAAGCAAUCCUAUGACAGUGAACAAGAAGGGUAUAAUUUGGUGGAUCAUAAUGGUAGCUGCUUCACUAGUUGUCGGCAUUCCUUUUGGAACUAUCAUUUGCAAGAAAUGCUCUAGAGAGAAUCAACCAACUGUUUAUUUCUAUUCCACAAACACUCAUAAUCGAAAUGCCUCGGCGCAAAUGACUACGACGCAUUGCAGAAAUACUAAAAAGGAAACAAAAUGGCUCUGAAAAACAACGAUUUUAGAACGCUUAUCUUAAAAUUGUGAUUCCACUCGUCCUAUUACAACCAGAUUAGAUCAAACUUUUUUUUAUAUCUGACAAAGUGAAGUGAAUUCACAUGUUGAAGGACAAACAAAUAAUAAACAAUUUAU